AUGCAGCAUGCCCAGGCUGUCAUCCUCUUCCAUGUCCACCUGGACCAGGCUGGGGCAGGGGGCCGGGCAAGGAUGAGGACCUUCAGGCAGCAGUGCCACCAGUGCUGGGUGUGGGCAGAGCCAGUUUUCAGCCAAGAGAGUGCUGGGCGGAUCCUGUUGGGUUUGGUCACCAGUAUGCGGCAGAAGUGCUAUGGCGAGGACGUCGUUUGCCCCCGCUUGCAGGAGGCUGUGGCUGGGGAGGCACAGCGUGCCCCACGAGAGUGA